AUGCCUUAUCGUUUCGAGCUCGCUUCUUCCAACCGUGCUGGUUGUCAGAACAAGGAAUGCAAGGAUGCCAAGGAAAAGAUUCCAAAGGGCACCCUCCGUGUAGGCACCUGGGUUGAUGGUGAGAAAAUCCAGGCCUACAUGUGGCGCCACUGGGGCUGUACCACUCCUCGUGUUCUUGAGAAUAUUAAGACGGGCUGGGAGGAGAUGUGUGAUGGCAAGCCUGACUACUCCCUCCUGGAUGGCUACGAUGAGAUCCCCGAGGAGUUCCAGGAGAAGGUCCGCCGUGCCGUUGAAAAUGGCCACAUUGAUGAUGAGGACUGGAAGGGUGAUAUUGAGAUGAACCGCCCUGGUUGCCGCCACUUCCGCGUUCCAGGCAAGCGUGCCGCUAAGGGCAAGCAAGAUGAAAAGGAAACUGAAAGCCCAUCUAAGGCUGAUGCCGAGGACAAGCCCAAGAAGGCUCGUGCCAGCAAGAAAGAUGCCGAUGCCACUGGAACUCCUAUCAAGACUGAUGCCGAAGAGGCGAAGCCCAAGAAGGCUCGCGCCACCAAGAAGGCUGUCCCCGCCACCACCGAAAGCCCCUCCAAGGCUGAUGCCGAGGUGAAGCCCGCCAAGAGAGGUCGGAAGAAGGCCGUCCAGGAAGACGCCAACGAUGAAGAGAAGCCGGCCGAGGAAGACGCAGAGACAACUGCUCCUUUGGCUGCUUCUGCUGAGACUGCCGAUGUCGACAACAGCGCCAAUGUCGAGCCCAAGAAGCGUGGCCGCGUCGCCAAGGUCGCCGCAUCCGAGAAGGCCCCGGCCAAAUCUGCCAAGGGCAUCAAGCGCAAGGCUACUCAGAAAGACGAGGAGACAGAAGAAGCGACUGAAGAGGUGCCCAAGCGUCGUGGCAGACCCGCCAAGGCCGCAAAGGCUCAAGAGGAGCCGAAGGAACCGGUUCCGUCUCGCCCCAAGCGAGCGCGCCGAAAGGUCGCAGAGGCUGCUGACGAUGACAACUAA